AUGACAAGAAAGAAGAGAAAGUAUGUUGCAAUUCCAAAUAAGAGCCAAAGAAAAGCAACUCUCAAGAAAUGUAGAGAUUGCUUGUUCAGAAAAGAAAAACAGCUUUCAACCUUGUGCGAUGUUGAAGUGGGUGUAAUCGUCCAGGAUCAAGAGAAAAAGGAUGUUUUUGUCUGGCCAUCACACCAUGAAGUUGAAGAAAAGCUUAUGAGAUUCCUAAAUGUACCGGAUAUUGAUAGGAGCAGGAAAUUUUCUACACAUGAAAGCUUCCUUACAGGAACAGUGAGCAAGAUUGUUGAUCACACAAGGAAAGCUCACGAGAAGAAUGAUAAGAAAGAAAGGGAAUACCUCACGCAUAAACUCAUGAAAGGUAAGAUUACUAUCAAUGAACUUGAUAUGAUGCAAACAAAUGGAUUGAUUCAAUUGAUGCUUGAUAAGAUGAACCAGUGCAACAGAAGGAUCGCACAACUGGACAUGUUAGAAGAACAGGAGAACCAGUCACUUUCAACAGCCAAUCAACAUCUUCCCUCUCUUGUUCAGAUGAGAGGACAGAAUAAAGCUGGUGGAGUUUGGCGGAGUGGCGUGAAUGCAAUUUUCCCAGCUCCAGAAUUGAUUGAAAGCUACAAGAACGACCAAAGGUUCAGUGGCUAUAAUAGCAAUGUAAUCAUCCCAGAUAAAAGCCAGAUUUGUGACUUCAAAAAUGACCAAAUGUUCUUUGACAGUCAAACAAAUGCAUAUAUACCAAAUCCAAAAUUGAUUGAAGACUUGAAGUAUGACAACUGGCUAAGAGAGGCGAUGUUUAAUAAACCAAGCAACACUUUCCCCAGUUGUGCAAGUGACAUAGGGUUUCACCAUACCAAUGCAUGUAGUAAUGAAGGGAAUAAUAUGGUUAAUCAUAACACUGCAGGAAGCAGCAGUGGAGGAAAUCACAUGGAUAUCACACCACCAAAUGUUGCUGACCCUUCUUUUGGAACAAAUGAUGGAUUCCCUGAGAUUAUUGUUGUUUCACCUUGA